GUGAAGAAGGGCCCCAGGUUGGUGGUCAGCUGGAAAAUAACCGCUUACAUUGUGUGGUCAGUGAGAAGAAUGCUCCUUGUAUUGGUGAUCAGUGGGAAGAAUGUUCCUUGCAUUGGUGGUCAACAGGAAGAAGGCUCCUUACAUUGGUCAUCAAUAGGAAGAAUGCUCCUUACAUUGGUGAUCAGCGGGGAGAAUGCUCCUUACAUUGAUGCUCAGUGGGAAGAAGGCUCCUUACACUGGUGGUUAGUGAGAAGAAUGCUCUUUACAUUGGUGGUCAUUGGGAAGAAUGUCUCCUUCCAUUCGUGGUCCGUUGGAAGAAUGUCUCCUUACACUAAUGGUCAGUGCGAAGAAUGUCUCCUUAUAUUGGUGGUCACUAGGAAGAAGACUCCUUACAUUGGUGGUCAACAGGAAGAAGGCUCCUUACAUGGU